GACUUUGGUGGCAGGCGGCAGGUUUUCCUGGGAUGCCAUUCCUUUAGCUAUAGAUAGUAAACACAAAGCUCCUUAGAGAGAAAUCUCUUAUCAGCUGCUUUCCACAAAUGGUACAUACAUAACCUAAAGGUACUUAGUGAAAAAUCCUUGAGAGGUAUUUAAUGCUAUUGCUGUCAGUCUCCCCAGCAUUUCUUGGAAGCUCACACACAUAUCCAGACAGUGGAACAAGGCAAGCAGUACCAGGGCAGUCACACCGGGUCUACACAGUGGUUUUGCCCCAACUUGGUUCUGCAACCCUAAUAGGUCACCAAAAUGUGUGACAUGGGAGGACUGGAUAACUUGAUUGCCAACACAGCAUAUCUACAAGCCAGGAAAAGCAAGGAUACUGACAACAAGGAAAUACAAAAAAGGCGCAAGGGUCUUGCACUUCCAAGGAUCGAUGAAUUAUUUGAACUAAGAGAUUCCAUUAAAGUGGAAUAUGAGCACAUCUGUGAGAAACAGCCCAUUGGUAGACUUUUUUUCAAGGAAUUUGUGGGAGAAGUGCCUGAAUACCUGCUGGCCAGUGAGUUCUUGGAUGAAGCAGAUGGCUGGGAAUUGUCUGAGGAGAAAAUCAAGAGCAGCAUCCUUGAAGGAUUGGUCAACAUGUACCUGAAAAAUAUCAGCAAUAGCUACUUGAAAUUCCUCAGUCCAGAUUUGGCUGCAAAGUGCCAGGCAGCCACUAAGAAUGAUUUUGAAAAUGUGAUGAUAUUAGCCAUUGAGGAAGCAAAGACCUUUCUUAACGGAAAACCCUUUGAAGAUUUCCAGAACAGCCAAUAUUUUGAGAAGUUUUUGCAAUGGAAAGCUUUUGAAAAGCAACCUGUGAGUGAGAAACAUUUUGAAGAGUUCCGUGUAUUAGGCAAGGGAGGCUUUGGAGAGGUUUGUGCUGUCCAGGUAAAAACCACUGGCAAAAUGUAUGCCUGUAAGAAACUGGACAAAAAAAGGCUGAAAAAGAAAAAUGGUGAAAAGAUGGUUCUGCUGGAGAAGAAGAUCCUUGAGAGAGUAAACAGCAGUUUCAUUGUCUCCCUGGCGUAUGCGUAUCAGACCAAAACUGACCUGUGCCUGGUCAUGACCCUCAUGAAUGGAGGAGAUCUUAGAUUUCACAUUUACAGUACAGGGGAACGAGGCUUGAAAAUGGACAGGGUCAUCUACUACUCUGCUCAGAUCACUUGUGGCAUCAAGCACCUUCACUCCAUCAAGAUCAUCUACAGGGACAUGAAACCAGACAACGUUCUCUUGGAUGAGCGUGGCAACUGUAGGUUGUCUGAUCUUGGCUUGGCAGUAAAAGUCAAGGAGGACAAAAUCCUCACCCAGCGGGCUGGGACUAAUGGUUACAUGGCUCCUGAAAUUAUACAGGAAGAUGCGGCUUACUCCUACCCUGUGGAUUGGUUUGCACUGGGAUGCUCUAUUUAUGAAAUGGUUGCUGCUCGAACUCCAUUCAGGGAUCACAAAGAAAAGAUCAGUAAAGAAGAGCUAAAGAGAAGAACCAUAGAAGAUGAGGUGAAAUUUGAGCAUUCUGGCUUCGAUGAGGCAACAAAAGAUAUUUGCAGAAUGUUCUUAGCUAAAAAAGUUGAAAAUCGUCUAGGAAGCAGGAAUGCUAAUGAUGAUCCCAGGAAGCACCAUUUCUUUAAGUCCAUAAACUUCCGUAGGUUAGAGGCAGGCAUUACAGAUCCUCCUUUUGUGCCAGAUCCAUCUGUUGUCUAUGCCAAAGAUAUUACAGACAUUGAUGACUUCUCUGAAGUUAAGGGAGUUGAGUUUAAUGACAAGGACAAUCAAUUCUUCAAGAAAUUUUCCACAGGGGCUGUCUCAAUACCUUGGCAGAACGAAGUAAUUGAAACAGGACUGUUUGCAGAACUGAAUGAUCCCAACAGAAUGAUUGGUGCAGGUGGCAAGUCUGGAGUUUGUUUGUUGUUAUAAAUAUGACAUCAGAGAUGAGAAGAUAGGAAUACACCUUCCAUUACUUCAAGGAAUCACAGAUGUUCAUCAAGGCUCUCAUCAGCACCUUUACGGCAAACUGAAUAAGCUCUUCUUGUUUCAUCAUGCUGAUACCUUAUUGGAAAUUUUUGAAACGAAGAAUCAGGAUUCUUUUAAGAAGAUUUAACGCUCCAGGCUGGCUUUUUGCUAAAAUGU